GCUUCUGGUUCCGUCGCAAAAAGUCAUCGUCCGCUGACCGCGACAAAAAAUCUUGUUCUCCCGCCUUCCCGCUUCGUCUUGAAUCUCUCUCUCCUCCUUCGCUCCGCCACACCCUCGCACAACCCACACGCACAGAGAUUAACUUCAGAGAGAGAGAGACAGAGAGACAGAGAGAUGCGCAGGAGUUGGUUGUCUGGAGAUGGACACGCCUGAGAAGAGCCAGAUCGCCCCUCCCGUCCCUACCCACGAGGACUCCCCAGUUUUCAAUUUCAUCAGAAGUCUCUCGCCUAUCAAGCCAGUGAAAUCCGUAAACAUAGCUCAGACUUUCACCUCGCUUCCUUUCACAUCCCUUCCCUCAGUUUUCACUUCGCCACAUGCUAAUUUUCACAAGAACUCAAGUUUGCUGCAGAGGCAUCAAAGCUUAGAUCCAUCAAAUCCUGAUCGUUCUUCUGGAAACCAAAACAUAGUCUGCCCAAAUGGGGAUUUUACUAAUGGCAUCUCUCAAAGAAGAGAAAACUCUGACAAAAAGGUUUCAGUUGAAGUUCAUGCUGAACCAUGCAAGGAAAAUUCAGAGUUUGCAGCCGAGUUUCCUCAGAACUCUAGGCCUAGCUUCUAUAAUCCGGAAGGUAACAUGACAGCUUGUUCUGCUGAGGCGGAAUCUGCAUUAGAGACUGCUGGUAUGUUGACCCCCAUUAUACCGGUGGUUGUGAAAUCUCCUGGGAAACAAUUUCCCGAAGAUGAUGGUCAAGAACAGAACAAAGAAUGGCCGAUUGAUACUAGUGAUUUGUUCAUGUUUAGCUCCCCUAAUGAUGCUGAGGCUUUUAGGGAGCUUGUUCAGAGAUCACCUGAUCUUGGAACAGUAUGUUUAAGUUCUCUCAUGUCGAGGUUCACACCAGGUGAUGUCAGUAAUUUUGAGAGACUGCAACAAGUUGAUUUACGGUCUAGGGAACAACAACAAAUAGAAGCGCCCUUAUGUCUGACUCAAGAAGCCUACAAGCGAAAAGAAGUGAUAAAGAAUCUCGAUUUGCAUAAUCUGGAUAAGUUUUUGGGCAAGUAUAUGUCAAUCCAGCUGGACAAGAAUUUGCACAAUGAUUCAGGAACAUGUGUGCCAUUUGAUUACGCGGCUGUCCCUAAUUUCCAUCGGGGCUUGAGGAGGCGUUGUCUGGACUUUGAGAUUGCUGAACUUUGUAAGCUCUCUGGUGGUGAUUCAGAUUAUAGUCACAUGGCAUUAUCUCAACGUGAUCAAAACACUCUUGCAAACGAAGGGCAGCUGCCUGUUAAAGGUGAAGGUGAUCCCUUGAGAUGCACGUUACCUGGAGUUGGUCUGCACUUAAAUGCUCUGGCGACCACUUCAAACGACUACCGAAGUGUAGAACAUGGAAAUUUGUUGAGUGAAAAUCAGUUGAUGAACGCACAAGUCUCUUCUAGCUCCUUGAAUCUCCCCAAUUCCCAUCAAACUCUUCAUGAAUCUUUGACUUCAGUUGCAUCUGAGGACAUAGGUUCUUCCGAGAAUGGAGUCCUAGUUGUACAAGAUCGUUCGCAAUCAUGUCCAUAUCCUGAUGGUGAAGAGCUUGACUGCAAUAGUCCUCAGAAAAAGAGGCGCAAAGCAGAACAUUCUGAAGAUGGGGCCUGCAAACGUUGCAACUGCAAGAAAUCAAAAUGUCUGAAGCUUUACUGUGAAUGCUUUGCUGCUGGUGUCUACUGCAUUGAGCCAUGCGCAUGCCUAGACUGCCUCAAUAAGCCUAUUCACGAAGAUACUGUUCUUGCAACUCGCAAACAGAUCGAGUCGCGCAACCCACUUGCAUUUGCUCCAAAAGUUAUUAGAGCUUCCGACUCUUGUCCUGAUACUGGGGACGAGUCCAAUAAAACCCCUGCUUCGGCACGGCAUAAGAGGGGAUGCAACUGCAAGAAAUCUAGUUGCCUGAAGAAGUAUUGUGAAUGCUAUCAGGGUGGAGUGGGGUGCUCCUUCAACUGCAGAUGUGAAGGUUGUAAAAAUACAUUUGGUAGAAAAGACGGAUCUACUCUAACUGGUGUGGAGACCGAAGUAAUUGAAGAAGAGAAGGAAAAUUUCGAAAAAAGCGUGGUGAACCAAGGCUCUCUGGAAAUCACAAAACAGAGGGACUCAAUUCAAGCGACACCGUCUGCAUAUUACGGACCAUCAAUUCAGACUGCAUAUUUGGCGAAGAAUGAGCCACCACGAUCCACAUCUUUCGUCACCACCAGCUCCUCGUCAGGACUUCAUGCGAGUCAAAAUCAGGGGAAACUUAAACAUUCUGCCCCGCAACCCGAGUUUGAGAAGCAUUACGACUUCAACAAUAAUAACAACGAUGGUGGCAAGAUGCCGGAGGUGCUCCAAAGCAACGACACUCCGAGCACGGUAAUCAAGACUGCUUCUCCCAAAUGCAAGAGGGUUUCUCCGCCACAUAGCGACUUUGGUUCCUCCCCUCCACUAAGGAACGGGCGGAGAUUGAUUUUGAAAUCUAUACCUUCUUUUCCUUCUCUAACCCAGCAUUGAGACGGUGAGAGUGGUUUGUAACAGUUGGUAAGUGGCUUUUUCCUUGUGGCAGUUGUAUGCAUUAGAGGCCCCGUUGUAUCAUAAAAUCUUUUCCUUUGCUCAUAAAAACUACCCUGAGU